AUCCACCAUCACCUUCACAAUGGCGGCUCCCCAGUCCAAGUACGAUGACUACGAUUUCCCGACCACUGCGCCGGAAGACCAACCCGGCCACCCUGGCCACACCACCCCCGAGCAGGAUGCGAAGGUAGAGCAGCUCCGGGCCGAGCUGGAACAGCUUGGCUACACCGAGAGGCUGGAUACUCUGACGCUGUUGCGUUUCCUGAGAGCCCGGAAGUUUGAUGUCGCUGCUGCCAAGACCAUGUUCGUCGACUGCGAGAAGUGGCGGAAGGAGUUCGGCACUGAUGAGCUGGUCCGUACUUUCGAGUACCCCGAGAAGGCCAAGGUCUUCGAAUACUACCCCCAGUACUACCACAAAACGGACAAGGAUGGCCGUCCGGUCUACAUCGAGAAGUUGGGCAAGAUUGACCUCAAUGCCAUGUACAAGAUCACCACCGGCGAGCGCAUGCUCCAAAACCUCGUGACCGAGUAUGAGAAGCUUGCCGACCCCCGUCUGCCCGCCUGCUCCCGCAAGGCUGGUAAGCUGCUUGAGACUUGCUGCACCAUCAUGGACCUGAAGGGCGUCGGUAUCACCAGCGUCCCCUCCGUCUACGGCUACGUCAAGCAGGCGUCUGCCAUCUCCCAGAACUACUACCCCGAGCGUCUGGGCAAGCUUUACCUGAUCAACGCCCCCUGGGGUUUCAGCAGCGUGUUCAGCGUGGUCAAGGGCUUCCUUGACCCGGUGACCGUGAACAAGAUCCAUGUUCUCGGCUCCAACUACAAGAAGGAGCUCCUGGCUCAGGUCCCCGCUGAGAACCUCCCUGUUGAGUUCGGCGGUACCUGCCAGUGUGCCGGAGGCUGCGAGCUUAGCGACAUGGGCCCGUGGCAGGAGUCUGAGUGGGCUAAGACCCCCAAGUGGGCUGUCCCGAAGGAGGCUGCUGCUGAGGCUUCUACUGAGGCUGCUGCCGAGAAGGAGGCUGAGGCUCAGGCCACCGCAUAGAGGCUUUGUGUCAUCCACUGGUUUUGUUUUUUUUUCGUUCUACAUCUUGGAUCAAUAUGGUAAAAGCUUCAGGCACUAUCUUGCCGAUCUAUAUCCCUUCUUUUGUUUCUAGAACUGUUUUGCUAGGGAGAGGUACUCCGCGGGUGCCUGUCCACUUUUCUGUUAUAUUUCAAGAUCCGUGCUGGAAGGGUUGUUGAGAGUUGUUCUCGGGGAUUCCGCGGUCCUAUUAUUAUGUGUUUUGCUUUUGGUCGUGCUUAUUUUCCUUUUGCAGUCAGAUAUCAAACACCAUAUGAGCGGCGCGAGGUGCUUUUU